GGAAGCGCCUUCUGAUACCCAGCUAGCUAACAUUUAAUGUUCAUGUUAAGUUAAUGGUAGCGUCAGUAAAAUGUUGAACGACAAUGAACUUGCAAACUUACGGAAUCGAUUUAGAAGAGAUGCAGAAUUGCUUAUGCGACCAGCAGAUUCGGGUACCGAAGAUGAAAAGAGUCAGGAGGAAAAAGAGGUCAAACCACUCCCCCGCAUCAAUAAACACUCUGUUUUCUGGAUUGUGGCUUCGGUAGUUGUGACAUACUACGUGGACUUCCUCCGACACAUCAUGGAAAAUGAUGAUAUAAAAAGUUGGUGGUUCAGCGUUGGCCUGUUACUCCUGGGGAUCUGCUUGUCUCUGGCCACGUUUUGCAUUGUGUACUUGGAGUGGUACAAAGGCAUCCAGCACUAUGACCAAGAGUACCCUGCCAUUCCUCCAAUCACCACUGCAGCAUUUAUCGCUGCAUCAUGCAGGUAAAACAGCACAUAUCCUGCGUAAUUACAAGUUAACUCCAAAGCAUUGUUUUCACACAAAAAAUGCAGCCAUAGGUUUAUAU